UUGAAGAUCCAGCCUGUAUUUGAGGUGAACCCACAACAUUAAUCAUGUCUAAAAACAGGAGAUUUACGUUAAUAUUUGGAGGAUUUAUAACAGCAGUAGCUGCUGCAUUUUACCCAAUAUUUUUUCAUCCUCUCGCACACACAGAUGACUACAAACAAGUCCAGAGGGAAAACCGAGCAGGAAUUAAUCAAGCAGAUGUGCAGCCAGUGGGUGUGAAAGUAUGGUCUGAUCCUUACAAGCCAAAGUGAUUUGUGACACGGCGGAGCCAGCGAUGGGAGGGAUGAGUCCACCAAUGCUAUGGAUGAGGAUGAGCCUGAAUCCCAGUUAGACGCCUGUGUGACUGAAUGCUAUGUGUGUGCUUGGAUGAGUGUGGAGAACGAGUGCCGGCUACUUUAUCCUAUGAAUAAAGUUGUGCACUCAAACCAAAGUGUUUUUUUUAAUUGUUUCAUGAAAUGUUGUUCUCUAUUUGGGGAUUAACAAUUGAGUUGUCUCCCGCAAAAUAAAAUCUGGUAAGGAACUAUG